AUGGAUGCAGCACUUGGACAUCUAAACAAUGAACAUCGACUACCUCACAUCUCGGAUCACUCACCAAUGGUACUAGAUAUAAAGGUUGCUGAUAAUACAGUCAAAUCACCAUUCAGGUUCUUUAAUAUUUGGGCAGAUCAUGAUAAAUUUCUUCCUCUAGUGCGAAGGUACUGGGCUAACAAACUGUCUGGAGAUAACAUGAAAGGGGUAUGGAUGAAUCUAAAGGCACUAAAACCUCAUCUAAAACAGCUAAACAAUAAUAACUUCAGAGGGUUCACUGAGAAUAUUGCUUGCAUUAGAACUGAAUUGAUAGGCACUCAGGCAAGGAUGGCUGCACAAUACACAGAAAGUUUGGCAGAGAACGAGAAAAAUUUACUACAGCAGCUAGAGAAGUGGUCACUUAUAGAGGAAGGCAUAUACCAACAGAAGUCUAGAGCCACGUGGAUUAAACUUGGUGAUGCUAACACCAAGUAUUUCACAGCAGUAAUGAAGGAGAGGAGAUACAAGAAGCAGAUUGUUACCUUAAAAGCUCUAAAUGGGGAUGUACUAGUUGAUCCUAAAGCAAUUCAGCUUGAGAUUAUCAAUUUUUAUAAUACAUUGAUGGGGUCUGCUGCUCCCCGCAUCACCACAGUGAACAAAAUUACUAUGAGAAAUGUUCCAGUAUUAAAUCAUGCACAACAGUUCGCCUUAUGCACAGAUGUGACUGACAUGGAAAUAUUUGAAGGGUUAUGUUCAAUUGUUGUGAGGGAGUUCUUUACUACAGGAAAGAUGUUUAAAGCCAUUAAUUGUACUGCUGUCACCUUGCUACCUAAAGUACCUAAUCCAUCGACCAUCAAGGAGUACAGGCCAAUAGCCUGCUGUUCAGUCCUUUAUAAGCUAAUAAUAGCUAAAGUGUUAGCUGCUAGGAUACAGUUUGUCAGAUGGGUGAUUGAAUGUGUCUCUGCCGUGUCUUACUCGCUGAUGAUCAAUGUAGAACUAACUACACCUUUUGAUGCUGCUAGGGGGUUGAGACAAGGGGAUCACACAUGUCCUCUUUUCUCUUGGCGAUUAGGGGAUCUUGCUUCAGUAUCCCUACUCCAUGAGAAGUUUACUAUCUUUAUUGCGGCAUCAGGCCUACAGGCAAACUUUGCUAAAAGUGCAAUUUACUAUGGAGGAGUUGAUCCAGUUACAAAGAAUAUGAUUCAAGCCGCCUUAGGAUACACACUCAUGGUACCUUACCAUGCGCAUUGGGCUCAAAUGUUUAUCAUCCCCGCAAAGGUAAUGAAAGCUGUACAAGCAUACUGUAGGAGCUAUAUAUGGUCAGGGACCAAUGCCAUUACAAGGAAAACCUUAGUUUCAUUGGAAAAAAUGUGCCUUCCUAAGGCAGCAGGAGGAUAUGAUCUCAUUAAUCUCAAACUGUGGAACAAGGCAGCUGUGUUAAAAAUUUGUUGGGACGUGGCUACGAAGCAAGAUAAACUACGGAUAAAAUGGAUAUAUAAUUACUAUAUCAACAGGCUUAGUAUGGAGGAAGUAAGGGUGCCUCAACAGCCUAGCAAGACCAAAAGCUACAUUCACUCUAUGGUUGCAAGUACAAGGGUGACUGCUUACAGUGGACAGAUUGUUGAGAAAGGGAAUGGAGAUGCAAACAUGAAAUUAGUCAAGUUGCUUGCAAGCUCGACCGAGCACCACCGUUAUAACAAAAAAAGAGUUCUAGGAGGUUGA